AUGAGCCAGGCAGGCAAGAGCGAGGGCCUCGAUAUUAGCAUCACCAUGGACAACCAGCUCCUAGAGCAGCUCUUCAUCUCCGGAUCAAGCGCCAUUGGGUGGGCCGAGACGUUGGCGAUCGAAGCCGACGCCAAAGUCGACGAGAGCGACAAGCUCAAGGAGCUCGAGAAGAACUUUGACAAGUGCUAG